GCGGACGGUAGCCGGUUUGGCGGAACUGGCGGCGACGAAGGCGCCGAAGGAUGGAGGCGGUGGUUUUCGUCUUCUCGCUCAUCGAUUGCUGCGCCCUCAUCUUCCUUUCCGUCUAUUUUAUAAUCACAUUAUCUGAUUUAGAAUGUGACUACAUCAAUGCUAGGUCUUGUUGCUCAAAAUUAAACAAGUGGGUGGUCCCGGAAUUGAUUGGCCACACUAUUGUUACUGUAUUAAUGCUUAUUUCAUUGCACUGGUUCAUCUUUCUCCUCAACUUGCCUGUUGCUACCUGGAAUAUAUAUCGGUUCAUUAUGGUGCCAAGUGGGAACAUGGGAGUGUUUGAUCCUACAGAGAUACACAACCGAGGGCAGUUGAAGUCACACAUGAAGGAAGCCAUGAUCAAGCUUGGUUUUCAUUUGCUUUGUUUCUUUAUGUACCUUUAUAGUAUGAUUCUGGCUUUGAUAAAUGACUGAACCUGGAAGGAGAUGCCUAAGUUGGAGUCUUACACUACAGUGAACAGUUGAGGAGCCAGACAGAGAUGAGUUUAGUUCGUACCUAGAACCGUGUCCAUUAAACAGUAUAUUUUUUUUCCUCUUUGGACAAAAAACCCCCAAAAAACUAUUUUUGCUGUAUUUUUACCACAUAAAGUAUUUAAAAAACA